UUUCCCCCGCGUUGGCAGGCACCUUGUCGUGGUGCGGGGGCUUAGUCGAAUCAUUAAUCAGCUCUUCUUAGCAGACGGCAGUGUACACGUUUGAGUAUCAGUACUUGGGGGUGCACACUCUCUUCUCCUGUUUCGAGCUGUUUUUUGAACGAUGACCAAGUUCUGCCGAUCCCCCUAAUCCAGGGUGUAAAGCGACACCGUGCCCAUUGGAUGGUUUGCAGCCAGGGGGUUUAACAGACCGGCUGUAUUUGAACGGCGCCUUCCUGACACCGGGCCGCCUCAGGGAGUAACUAUGGCCUUACUGCGGCAUGGGGCGCUGUCGUGGUGUACCGUCUGAAUUCCCCAUUAUAUUAAUUAGACUACUGAGCUCGCCUCGUCGAGCAGGUGGUCGUACGAACAAGAUGAAUUCAAAUACUUACAAUUAUAAAUCAAACGAGAGGGCUUUGGCCGAUCUACUGGGGCAGUUGGUGAGGGGUAGAAACAACUCACCACCUGGGUUCAGUAGAGGAGGAGGAUUAGGAGGUAGUAGCGGUGGUAGCGGACCCAUAAAUAAUUAUGGUGGUCCAUCUAUGGGACCGAAUGGUGGUGGGGGAGGUGGUAUGUGGGGUGGAAAUGCACCAAAUGAUUGGAAUCAAGGAGGAAGUGGUGGUGGCGGUGGAUACGGAAGAAGUGGGAGUGGAAUUGAGGGUGGCGGUUACGGUAAUAGUGGGAGUGGCGGUGGUAGCGGCGGUUAUGGAAAUAGUGGAAGUGGAGGUGGUGGCAUUGGCAAUAUGAUGCCAUCAAUGCAACGUGGUGGGAGUGGUGGUGGUGGUGGCUUUAGUGGUAUGUCACAAGGAAGUGGCAUGAACGAUGGCUACGGUGGCAUGCCACAAGGCGGUGGUAUGAACAAUAACUUUGGUGGCAUGCAGCAGGGCAAUAAUUAUAUGGGUAUGUCAGGAGGUGAUCAAGGUGGUUAUGGUGGUAUGCCACCAAAUAGGGGAAUGAACAAUGGUAGCUUUGGGGCUGGGGGCGGUGUAUUUCCACAAAAUGAUAAUUUUGGUGGUGGUGGUGGCUUUGAUGAUUGUCCGCCACCGCCCACUAGUCGUUCGCGUGGCACAUGGGUUAGUGGAUCAACUAAUCGCAGUAAUCGCAAUGCGGCGCCGCCACCAGUGCGAAAUAAUAGCCGCUCAUCGAGCUCAACGCUAGACAGACGAAAUUUAAGCGGUUCGAGAGCGUCACUGUCAUCGAAAGGUAGUCGCAGCGGUGGUGCCUCAACGUCAGGUAAUGCUUCAAAACCUGUGCAGGCACAAAAGCGUAAAGCGCCACCAAGUUCCGCUCCGCCCGCAAAAACAAGCCACAGUACAAAUAGCGCUAAACCGACAUCCGCUCAAGGAAAUAGAACAUCCGCUCAAGGAAAUAAAACAACCGCUGCCGAACCCAGACGGGUGCUGACAUCAACUGGUGGUCGUUGGUACCAACAUUUCUUAUCGAAAGGUUUGAAACCUGAAGAGGCCCGUAAGAAGGCUUUUGAAAAUAAUAAUAAGCCAUUUACGGUCGGAGUUGAAAGGGCGGCAGUGACAAAAAGUUUCAGAAAACCGAGACCUCCACCCCCCGUACCGUAUAUACGUCUUGCGAUUUUCGCAAAGGGUUUUCCAGAAGUUAUAUUGGAAACCGAUGAUCUAUCAGCCCUCGAAGAACGGAUCGUCGAUGCGGUUGCCAAUAGUAGCGCCGAAUCGAAAUUGCAAUUUGAAAGGUUACUUCGGAAACCGGGCUUGUUGGUUGUUGAUUGCGCAAAUCAGAAAACUGCUGAUUGGCUUAUAGACAUAAUCCCCAAAUUGACCAAUUGGGAAGGCGCUGAAUUGGCAAUUUGUUAUGAAGAAGACAUUCCAGACGCAUACGUAAUGACCCUCUCGUUACCAAGAAGUGCUGGUCAAGAUUAUGAUCAGACCUUGUCAUUAAUUCAGUCACAAAAUUCCGAUUUGACCACGGACUCAUGGGAGUGGGUGCAGGAGCGUGAAGAUGGUGAUAGAUCAAUUCUUACCAUCCGCGUUGAUAAGGAAUCACAUGCGGCAAUUAAGGAGAAGAAGUGGAAAAUCUUUUACAAAUUUGGUUUAGUAGAAGUCAAUUUUGCCCGCUAUAUACGUUUUGCCCUAAGUAAACGUUUGAACGAAGAUGCGAACGCGGCAAAAGCUGAGAUUAAAGUAGAAAAUCAGUCAAUUGGGGAAAACGAUAAAAAACCAACUGAGGAGAAUCAACCUUCUCCGCCACCAGCUCCUAUAAUCAGCAAAUGAAUUUAAAAUGUAUGCGGUAUCUGCAUCUAAUAUAUAACACAUUCUUCUCAGUUCAAAAUAUAUCAUCCAUUCAAAACAAAUGACUUUGUUCGGCAAAUUUGAUAAUGGUUGGAUACCUGAAAGUGGUCGUUGGCGAUAGACAAAAAUUAUAAUGCGCUAACUUCUUUAACAAAUAGUAAGAAACAUCCUUUAUCAAUGGAAUUCAUUAUAACGACUAAUACAAGGAAAUCAUGUAAUGCAUUAGUUGAAUAACACACUGUGAUGACUGAGUUUUGUACCCCGUACGUAACGUCAAUUGUUUUGGAAAUGAUAUAACAAGUAAUUAUUUUCUAAUUUAUUCAAAUCCUCAAAUACAUAUAAAAUUGUAAGAUUUAUUUGUGCAAAGCUGUUCGAUCAGCAUUUCAUACAUUAUGCAAAGUUGUAUUACCGUCAGCAUCAAUAAAGUUCUACUAGAUGGCGAUAUGAAUGAGAACCUCUUGAAA